GGCAAUGCCGUUCUUGCCUCAGCGGAGCAACAGUCAUUAGUGGACAUUGUACUUUUGGACUCUAAGCUCAAUAUGCUAAGGGCAAACGAUGACCAGUUGAACACUGUUAGUGGCAGCGUUCAGGCUACCAUGGCCAGCGGUCAUCAUCAACAUCGUUAUCAAGAGCAUCCUUUGGGUUCAUUUACAUCAUUCGUUGAGGAAAUAUUAAGAGAGUUGCCACGACCAGAAUAUCAGCAUAUGAUUACCGAUAAAUACAUGAAAAAUGCAAAUUUUGCAAAUUUCUACAGAGCGCUGAGAAGUGCGGAAUUUAAGCCACUGGUCGAAGAAGCAUUGAAAUCUUCUAAUAUCCAACAAAUAAUUAAGUUAUUGGCUUCUCACAGCAUUGAUGUCCAGGCGUUGAAACCAAUUGCCUUUCAAGUUAUUUCCUGGGGACCUAAUGUAUAA